AUGGGGGGCAAGAAGUUCCGAUUCGUGUACAUUCCCUGUGACAUGAGCGAGCCGCUGCAGCAGUGGGAGCUGGAGAUGCCUCCAGGGAAGGAGGUGGAGUGCCUGAUCGACAGGCUGAAGGCGCACUUUGCCUCGCACGGCCCCCAGAAGACGUCGGCGCAGGUCAAGGCGCAGCAGGCAGAGCUGAUGAGCAAGCUUCCAGAGGGCACCAGCAUCGACAGCAAGGUGCUGGAUGUGGCCACCUCCCUCCACAUGGUGGAGAACAUCUCGCUGCUGUCCAACGCCAAGGACAACGGCUUUGUGGGCGUCAACAUGUACGUGGAUGACGAGGGCUCCAUCCGCGGCCUGCCCCGCAACCUGCGCGCCUCCGAGAUUGCCCACUGCUGCGGCAAGCCCCUCGAGGUCAAGGGAGACGCUUUUCUGGCUCGAGUGAUGGACAACGGCGACGACUUUGACCGCCUGGACCUGGAGCUGGGCGAGGUGUCCUCCGGGGCGGCCUGGGUCAAGGCCGCGGCGAGCCAGAACGAGCGCAAGCGGCAGCAGGCGCGUAGGGGCGUGGGCUGGGCAGGUGGACGGGACCUGGGGCGUUUGGCCCGGGGGUGGAGGGAGAGCGGCGAGGCGCUUCUGGAACGCAUGCGGGCCGGCAGGGAUGCGGCUGCGGCAGCGGGGGCGGCAGCAGGGGCGGCGGCGGCCGCGAAGCAGGCUGCGGUGCGGGAGCUGACGCCUGCAGAGGCGGCCAAGGAUGAGGGCAACAACGCCUUCAAGCGGGGCGAUUGGCGGGGCGCCAUGGAGCAGUACACGCGGGCACUUGAGCUGGAGCCGGGCAUGGUGGCUGCGCUCAACAACCGUGCCAUGGCCAGGCUGAAGAUGCAGCAGUGGGCAGAGGCGGAGGCCGACUGCUCGGCGGUGCUGGCAGCAGAGCCACGCAACGUCAAGGCGCUGCUGCGGCGCGCGGCGGCGGCGGCGGCGCUGGGCCGGCAGCCGGCUGCGGCCGACGACUGGCGUGCGGUGCUGGCGCUUGAGCCGCAGAACAGGGAGGCGGCAGCGGGGAUGGCCGGGGUGGAGGCUGCAGUGGCGCAGCAGCAGCAGCAGGCACAGCAGGGAUAG